AUGAACGACGUCAAACAUUUCGUAUUUUCUUCAGCCACCACCUGUCCUUAUCCAGUAGACCUGGUCUUCCUCCUGGACAGUUCGGAGAGUUUCAGGACGAGCGGUUUCGAGGAUGCAAAAAGCUUCAUCCAGAAAGUAGCCAACUAUUUUACACUCGGAGAAAAUGACACAAGGGUCGGCGUUGUCACGUACAGCAACCGCGACGCGCAGAACACAUGGGUGAAGCUGAAUGAAAAUUACACCAGAGUUGAGCUCUUAACUGAGAUUCGCAACAUUCCUUACGACAGAGGUCACACCUACACUGGACUUGGUCUCGAUCACGUGCGUAAUAACUCAUUUCUUGAGGUAAACGGCCGGCGGAAUUAUACUCUCGACUUUUUGAUCGUUAUUACCGACGAUGAGUCCGAGGAUGACGUGAUCCGUCCGGCACAGUUGGUACGACAGAUGGGCAUCACCGUGUUCGUUGUUGGAGUUGGCCAGGAAAGCGACUUAAGUCAAGCUACUCUAGAGACUAUUGCUGGUACUCCAGACAGGGUAUUCAGGCUGACGGACCAUGAUUUCCUUGUGGAUGACGAGCACCCCAAAUUUAUAAGGGAGUCGAUAUGUAACGCGAGUAACCUGUGCGUCCCAUCCCCGUGUCACACCAACGCCACCUGCCGACUGUUUGGGAGAACCCUCACGUGCACGUGUAACGUGGGAUUCGUUAGAGACGGCCGUGUCACCUGCACAGGUUCGUCACGAUCCUUCAAAUACUGUUGA